AAAUUUGGUUGCCAUAGCAACCCGAGUCUGACGUCAUCUGUCCCAGCGAGACCCUGCUGCUGUGUCUUUGAUUGGAGGGAAACCCCGUGGACGAGCGGGAGAGAUCAUCAGCUGUGCUGCCGGGAAUCAGGAACAACAUCAUCUAACGACACUCGCAGCCCACACAGGAGCCAUGGCAGACCAUGAUGAGCAUGUACAGCGAGCCAAACUGUCUGAGCAGGCCGAGCGCUACGAUGACAUGGCUGAGGCCAUGAAGGCUGUUACACAGCAGUGCUCGGAGCUCAGCAACGAGGAGCGCAACCUGCUUUCUGUUGCCUACAAGAAUGUGGUGGGGGCUCGGAGGUCCGCCUGGAGGGUGGUAUCCAGCAUUGAGCAGAAAAGUGAGGACACCAAAAAAUGUGCACAGGCCACAGUGUACAGAGAGGCUAUCGAGAAAGAGCUGAACGAUAUCUGCAAAGAAGUGCUGGGUCUGCUAAACGAAUAUCUGAUCCCAAACGCUGGCCCUGCUGACAGCAAAGUCUUCUACCUGAAGAUGAAGGGAGACUACUUCCGCUACCUGGCUGAGGUGGCUAGCGGAGACUCAAAGACGGAAAUCAUCAAGGAUUCACAAGGAGCCUACCAAGAGGCCUUUGACAUCAGCGUUGAACACAUGCAGGCGACACAUCCCAUCCGCCUAGGCCUCGCUCUCAACUUCUCUGUCUUCUUCUACGAGAUCGUCAACUCGCCGGAAAAAGCCUGCAAGCUGGCCAAGGAUGCUUUUGAUCAAGCCCUUCCACUGCUGGACUCCCUCACCGCUGACUCCUACAAAGACUCCACCUUGAUCAUGCAGCUGCUCCGUGACAAUCUGACACUGUGGCAGUCAGAUGCCCAGGCUGAAGAGCAGGAGCAGGAACAGGAGGAGGGGAACAAGGAUAAGGAUAAGGAAAACAAAGACGACGAUGAUAAAAAAGAAGAUAAGAAGGAGGACGCAACUGAGUUGAACUAAUAUUCAGAAGGAAAGAAAAAGCAAGAAAAACACACAUUUUUUACCUCUCACCAGCCUAAGUUGUGUGUAUGUGUGUGGCUGUGUGUGCACAUGCACAGAUAUGUAUGUUUACACUCCACUCACAAUGUGUAAAGUACAGGAUGUGUAUGCAGAUACACUGAAGUGUAUGUGUGUUACUUGUUUGAGCACCUCCACAGAGAAAAGAAUGGGAUAGAUCUGUGUUUUGUUUCUUUUGAAUAUACUUGUUGUGUCAAACAGUGGAUGUUUAUUUUUUUAUUUUUUUGUUAAUUGUUUAGUCCAAAUGAUGUCCCUCCGUUUAAAUCCAAAUCUGCCCCAUGUUCUUUAACCGUAUUCACCGUAGCAAACUGCUGCUGUUGCAGGAAAACACAAACACAAAAACCUCUGAGUGUAAUUUUGAUAAAUUGUAUGUUUUUACCUGAACUCAAUAUUUACAAUCAUUGUGACAUGCGGGUCUAAAAAAAUAAUAAGUUGAAGCAUAUACACAGUUAAAGAAAUUACAUUUAAAAAUAUGGUUACAGCAAUCUGAAUUUGCGAAAUUAAAGGUCUCAACCGACAAAAGCAGUGAUCAUAUGUGAUGGAAAGAUUUACCUUGGUAAAGAUCUAUUAACGUAUUGGUUGUAUACAUCCUGCCCUGUUGGUGUCUACACUACACUGGUGUAGCAGAUAGUGUUUUUAUGGAUGGUACUCUUGUCAUGGCUCUGUGCAUUUGGGCAUAGGAAAGGUUUUCUGUAUGAAUGACCUCUUGGGAAUACUGUAUUUAAACUUUGGUUUGGUUGAGGGUUACAUUCCAUUUUACUGACAUCUAAACUUGGUGAAAUGUGUACACUAUAAUUUCCUGCUAUUCUCAAUAACACAUGACAAGGUAUGGAUAGCCUAAGAUUAAGUGAACAACUUGACAAGAGGCGCGAUACUGUAACUUUUGAUAUUUUAUCUUUUCAGCAUUGCAGAUGAUACUUUUGCCAUGUGCUCUCAUGAGGCUUUCUACUCUUUUUCUAUUCAGGUGUUUUGUAUUUUCUUUCGGUGUAUUUUAUUCCCUUGAUUAUUGAUUUGACUCCUGGAAUGUAUGUUUCUCAGUAGUAUGGUGUGAGGGUUAGCCGUGCUUUGAAACUGGCAGUUUUUGCUUAGGAUUUAGCUUGAACCAGGUGGUUUACAGUAACAUUUACCUUCCUUGAAAGUACAUUGUGAAAAAACUAAAACAUGCCUGAUUUAUUAAAGUAACUUGGUAGGAAGCUGCGUUAUGACAAUUUAGUAGUGACAAAGUAGUGCCAGUUUCUUAUAAUUAACAGUAACUUGGUUUUGAAAAGAUGGGAUGCAGGAUUCAGAAUUAACCCUCUGAGUAUGUUAUUUUGUUAUGUGCUUUCAUGUAAGUGGAAUUAAAUCAUUAAAACCAA